UUGCAUUUUCCCUUUUUCCCUUUGGAAGCCCUAAUAUCCGUUUUCUUUCCUGUGUAAAUUUGGACCCCUUAUCUGUUGGGCUAGAACAAAAUCAUAGAAUACAAUUUAGUUUUUUUUUUUUAAAGAAAUUCUACAUACGGGCACUGAGAGCAUAUUAGCCUUUUUUGAGAGCCCUGACCAGAAUUUGUCUUUCAGAGAUAUUAGGCUAUAGUCGUUAUAUUGAGUACUAGAGAUUUUUUCCAAUGUCGAAUUUUGGCACCAUCAAUACUGCUACAAGUCCUCACAACCCUAACAAGUCCUACGAGGUUGUACAGCCGCCAACUGAUAGCAUCUCAAGCCUCUCUUUCAGUCCAAAAGCUAACUAUUUGGUGGCAACAUCCUGGGAUAAUCAUGUAAGGUGCUGGGAAAUUCAUAGUACUGGUGCUAGCAUGCCCAAAGCUGCAAUAACACAUGAUCAACCGGUUCUUUGUUCAACGUGGAAGGAUGAUGGUACUGUAGUUUUUUCAGCUGGCUGUGAUAAGCAAGUUAAAAUGUGGCCUCUGCUCUCUGGUGGUCAGCCAGUGACAGUGGGAGUUCAUGACGCUCCUAUUAAAGAGAUUGCGUGGAUUGCAGAAUUGAACUUGCUUGUAACUGGAGGUUGGGACAAGACACUAAAGUAUUGGGAUACUCGACAGCAAAACCCAGCAUUUGUCCAUCCACUUCCUGAACGAUGCUAUGCGCUGAGUGUUCGGCAUCCUCUUAUGGUUGUUGGGACUGCAGAUCGAAACGUGAUAAUCUUUAAUCUGCAGAAUCCACAGACAGAGUUUAAGAGGGUGAUGUCUCCCCUUAAAUAUCAAACAAGAUGUGUUGCAGCCUUUCCAGACAAGGCCGGAUUUUUGGUGGGAUCCAUUGAAGGAAGAGUUGGUGUUCACCACAUAGAGGAUGCACAGCAAAGUAAGAACUUCACUUUCAAGUGUCAUAGGGAUGGGAAUGACAUCUAUUCAGUGAAUUCAUUGAACUUCCAUCCUAUUCAUCAAACGUUUGCAACAGCAGGAUCUGAUGGAGCCUUCAAUUUCUGGGAUAAAGACAGUAAACAAAGGCUAAAGGCAAUGGCAAGGAGCAAUCAACCAAUUCCAUGUAGCACAUUUAAUAACGAUGGUUCCUUAUAUGCUUAUGCGGUGAGCUAUGAUUGGAGUAAGGGUGCGGAAAAUCAUAAUCCAGCUACUGCUAAACAUCACAUUCUUCUGCAUGUACCACUGGAAAGUGAGAUUAAAGGAAAGCCCAGAGUUACAACAGGUGGAAGGAAGUAAAGAUAAUUUUCUUGAAUCCAACAUGUUAUCUUUGGGGAUUUUGUGAAUGCCUUGGUCUAUUUGGAGAUCCAAUUUUGUAUUUAACAUUGGUAUUAAUCAAGUUAAUUGAAUAUGGUUUCUGCACCUUCCAUGGGUUGACGUGGAUGAGGCUGUAAACAAUUUUGACCAACAAAUUUAUUUUUAUAUUCUGAUUCACAUUUAAUGUAUCUUUUAAUAGAAUGAAUAUUUACAUAUAUAAAAUUAUUCAAGAAUAUAGUGACUUGUAACCUUUCAUUUCCUAGAAAUAUAUUGCUGCUUUCACAUAAACCAUAUGUAAAAUUGGUGUUUGGAGUUUAAUGUGAUGUUUUUUAACGUGA